ACCCGAGAGAGAGCGGGGGCUCGGCGGAGAUUUGAUUGAAGCGGGAGAGAUUUCUCAGGGUGUUUGAUUUUUUUGAAGAGAUGAGCAGUGCUUUCACAGCUGCUACGGCCGUCGGGUUCAACGGUAAUCAGCGAAUAUGGAGAUCGAAGCCGUCUCCGUUUGAUUCCGUGUCGGCCGGAACAAUCCGUAUCGCGACGGCGGGUGGGAGUGGGGGUUGGAGCGGGUUUGUUGUUUCGAGGGCGACUGUUUCUUCUUCUACUCCCGACGCCGUUGGCAAGGACAAGAAGAAGAGGAGGAGGAGGAAGAAGAAGACGGAGCUUCAGAAUGACGACGGCGAGGAGGAGGAGAACAAGGAGAAUGACGCCGGAGAAAUUACUAGCUCGUUCAACGGCGAGGAUCAAUCGUCGUCUUCAGUGUCCGUCAUAAAGAGACUCGAUGAAGUGAAUCCAGUGGGGUUGGGGCGACGUUCGCGUCAAAUUUUCGACGAAGUGUGGCGGAAAUUCUCCGGAUUAGGGCAGAUUUCCAGGACCAACCGCACCGACGAUGAGGCGAGCCUUCUUAUCCGCGAGGGGGGCCCAAUGUGCGAAUUCGCCAUCCCUGGGGCGCAGAACACCACCGUCCUCGUCGUCGGGGCUACCAGCCGCGUCGGCCGCAUCGUUGUCCGGAAGCUCAUGCUUAGGGGUUACACAGUCAAGGCUCUGGUAAGGAGUGCCGAUCAGGAAGUGGCCGAAAUGCUCCCGACGUCCGUCGAGCUUGUGAUUGGGGAUGUGGGCGAACCUUCCACUCUCGCCGAUGCCGUACAAGGCUGCAACAAAAUCAUAUAUUGUGCCACGGCUCGUUCCACUGUCACUGUGGAUCUCAACAGAGUUGAUAAUCAGGGGGUUUACAACCUUACCAAAGCUCUUCAGGACUAUAAUAAUAAGCUUGCACAGAUGCGGGCAGGGAAGAGUAGCAAAAGCAAGCUUUUAAUUGCAAAAUUCAAGUCUGAAGAUUCAUUGAAUGAGUGGGAAGUUCGUCAGGGGACUUAUUUCCAAGAUGUAAUUGCUACCAAGUAUGAUGGAGGGAUGGAUGCAAAAUUUGAGUUUACUGAAACUGGAGAAGCUGUUUUUUCAGGAUAUGUCUUCACACGAGGAGGAUAUGUUGAAUUGUCGAAAAAGCUUUCACUUCCUUUGGGGUACACACUUGACAGGUAUGAGGGCCUAGUUUUCUCUGUUGGCGGGAAUGGGCGGUCGUACAUUUUAAUUCUUGAAGCUGGUCCUUCUGUGGAUACAACCCAAAGCAAAAUGUAUUUUGCGAGAAUCAGCACGAAAGCUGGAUUUUGUAGGGUAAGAGUGCCAUUUUCUUCCUUCCGGCCUGUGAACCCGGAUGAUCCACCAUUGGAUCCAUUCCUUGUACAUACAUUGACUAUUCGUUUUGAGCCAAGAAGACAGAGAUCAAUAGAAGGACCUGAUGGGGUGCAGCAAGACCUGAGAAGCUUUAAACUAAUUUUGGAAUAUAUUAAAGCAUUGCCUACUGGCCAAGAAACAGACUUUGUCUUAGUAUCAUGUACAGGGUUGGGGAUAGAACCUUCUCGAAGGGAGCAAGUGUUGAAAGCCAAGCGGGCUGGAGAAGACUCAUUGAGAAGGUCGGGCCUUGGAUAUACAAUAAUUCGCCCUGGUCCCUUGAUGGAAGAACCUGGUGGCCAACGUGCCCUCGUAUUUGACCAAGGAAACAGAAUAUCUCAGGGAAUCAGCUGUGCAGACGUUGCUGAUAUCUGUGUGAAGGCAUUGCACGACUCAACAGCCCGGAAUAAAAGUUUCGAUGUAUGCUACGAAUACGUGUCUGAAUCCGGGAAGGAGCUUUACGAGCUGGUCGCACAUUUACCCGAUAAAGCCAACAACUACUUGACACCGGCACUCUCAGUACUAGAGAAAAACACCUGAUUCUUCCGACAUUUUUCUUCCACGGGGACGUAAUUGUGCUGUCCACCAGAGUUUUUCAACUACAGUGAUGCUUUGCUAAAGGCGUCUUUACAUUUUCCGUCAUCUUAUCAAAUUUGUGUAUAUAUAUAUAUAUAUAUAGUUUUGCCGUGUCUUCAUUUCGUGGAAAUCGUGCAUACAAAAUUUCCAUGCAUAUAUAAUUUGUUACUCCGCACUAGUGGUGCUACAUCAGUAAUAUCCUCAUUUGUUAAAGAGUAAAAUGACGUGACAUGGCUCCGAUAGAUAUAACUGAGU